ACCAGGAAAGAACAGUUGCGAAACUCUGAAGAAGAUUCGGAAGAAUUAGCAAAACGGAGCUCCAUAUUUGAUCGUUACCCUGAGGCCUUUGUAGAAGCGGUUCGAGGAACACCAAUACCAGUUCCAGAUGGAAAGGGGUCAUUUUUAGCAGGUAGAGAAAUGAUGUAAUUUCAUUGUAAUUACCGGAAGAACGGGGUCUGAAUGGGAGGUCCUGAUCCCGUAUUCUCUUUUCUUUUUCAUCUUUUUGUCCCCCUAGUUUCUAAAAGCUUGCCACGGGCCUGCUUUAUAAUCUUUCCGUAUUCAAAAGAUGUAAACCCCCAGGCGUAGUGAAAGAAAAAAAGAUACGACAGCUCAGGCAAAACGAUUAGCACGACGGGGAAAGAAAGUAAUCGAAAUAUGUUGCUUGAUGGAAGAUUAUAAACAGUGGUAAAAAUUGCGUUACAAGUGCUUAAGAGAUAAUCUGUUUGAACAGCUCUUUGUAACAUUUUAAUACUAACAGAAAAAUACAGGAUUGUGAUUUAUUUUUGUUUUCUGGGUACUGCAAGUACAUAAGAUGUACUACCCAUGCAAUCCCUCGAAUCACUCUUGAUCAAAGUGCUGGCGCUCAAAGAUCUUCAAAAGAUUCCUUACAACCUAUUACAGUGGCAAUUCAGUUUAUUAACCAAGUCGAUAAUACCAAAUUUCCGUGUUUUACUUGCUAAACGGCAUCUUACCCAUUAUUUUUUUGUUUGUUUUUAUUUAUAGUUGUUGCACUCUGUUUCUUUUAACACGCUUGCCGAAGGAAAGGCUCGGUUACAACUUUGCAUCUGAUAAUUUUUUUUUCCACUUCUACUACAACCUCAUGAAUACUGCGUGCAACAAGUUUUUAUCCUAUAUCUGUAUUACAACUUCUUAAGCAGUUUAAUCCACCUUUCAAAUUUAAGAUCACUAUGCCGCCUUCACCGGGAUUGGUUUAUCGGCAAUGCUAGGAUUUGGAACCGACUUCGAAUAUGGCUUUCUCCCAGCCGCAGGACAAAUGAGAUUGACAGCGAUUCAGAAAGCGCAGUUGAAACGCCAACGCGAAAGAUUGAUGGAAGAGCUGAAUUCAGUGUUGGAAAGAAUUAGGUUGACCAUGGAUGAGUUCCACACUGCCGAGGCUGAGCUGGAAGUAACAGAGAGCUCUGAUCCAGAGUACGAAGCGGAAGAAAAGGAAAGAAAAGAACAAGAACAAAAAAUGGAGAAAAGCAAAAGAAUAGCGCGGAGGAAAAAGAGACCCGAGUCACAACAGGUGGAGGAAAUGGAGGAGCAUGAAGAAAAAGAAGGUUUGUAUAUCCUUUUUUCCGUUUUUGAUUCUAAUAAUUUUUAAACGUAAAUAUACAUAGUUGUUGGAAAGUUACUGAAAGGAUCGGGAAGUCUUAUCAAGUCAAAGUGUUGCCUGUGCGUCACGUGACAGGACCGCUCGGACGCAGAGACUUUUGUCCAUACAAAGUCUGAAGACGAUUUUCUUACGGACCUAUUUUGUACAUAUCUCAACAAUGAUCUAAAAACUAACUGUGCGAUAGCUAUUCGCGGGAUAACGUAGAUUAUUCAUCUUUGUAAUAUUUGAUCUUGAAAAAUAAACUUAUGAUCAUCACAUUGUAAUUGUGAUAUGAUGAUGAUGAUGAUGAUGAUGAUGAUGAUAUGAUGCUGAAGUAAUGAUGAUGAUGAGAUGAUGAUGAUGAUGAUAUUAUGCUGAUGAUGAUAUGAUGCUGAAGUAAUGAUGACGAUGAUGAUGAUGAUGAUAUGAUGCUGAAGUAAUGAUGAUGAUGAUGAUAUGAUGAUAAUGAUGAUGAUGAUGAUAUGAUGCUGAAGUAAUGAUGAUGAUGAUGAUAUGAUGCUGAAGUAAUGAUGAUGAUGAUGAUGGUGAUGAUGAUAAUGAUGAUGAUGAUGAUGAUAUGAUGCUGAAGUAAUGAUGAUGAUGAUGAUGAUGAUGGUGAUGAUGAUGAUGAUGAUGAUGAUGAUGAUAUGAUGCUGAAGUAAUGAUGAUGAUGAUGAUGAUGAUGAUGAUAUGAUGCUGAAGUAAUGAUGAUGAUGAUGAUGAUGAUGAUAUGAUGCUGAAGUAAUAAUGAUGAUAAUGAUGGUGAUGAUGAUGAUGAUGAUGAUAUGAUGCUGAAGUAAUGAUGAUGAUGAUGAUGAUGAUGAUGAUGAUGACGAUAUGAUGCUGAAGUAAUGAUGAUGAUGAUGAUGGUGAUGAUGAUGAUGAUGAUGAUAUGAUGCUGUAGUAAUGAUGAUGAUGAUGAUGAUGAUGAUGAUGAUGAUGAUGAUGAUGAUGAUGAUAUGAUGCUGAAGUAAUGAUGAUGAUGAUGAUGAUGAUGAUGAUAUGAUGCUGAAGUAAUAAUGAUGAUAAUGAUGGUGAUGAUGAUGAUGAUGAUGAUAUGAUGCUGAAGUAAUAAUGAUGAUGAUGGUGAUGGUGAUGAUGAUGAUGAAGAUGAUGAUAAAGAUUUCAUGUUCUAAAGUAUUAUCAGAUUCAGAGGAAGAUUCAGGAGGGUCCAGCGACGAAUAUGAGGACGACGACGACGUCGACGACGAAGAUGAUGAUGGUAAAAAUGACGAAGACUCAAACGGACAGAAGAUGCCUGGACAAGCCAAGCGAAAAGUAUCAAAGAAGAUGUUAGUAAGGGUAAGCAAAGCAAGAGAAAAUGAUGAAUUGAGUUAAGAGAGUGCAGUCGCCGUAUUAGGGAGUUUUUGAGCAAAGCACGUCAAGUGGAAGUGGAAUGUUUGCACUCUUGAGCCUUGAUUUUGAAAAAAUAUUUGAGCAAAUCGUCUUUUAAAGAGUAAAAACACUGCGCAAAACAAAUUUGGUAACGUCAAGGCAUAUUAAAGGAGAAAAAGACUCAUUUCCGGUCGACGUGCGGCGCUCAAAAACGUCGCUGGUUUAACUCCCAGUCAACUUAUUGUAAGGGUAGCUAAGGGUAGCUGAUCUUGUACAAUAAAUCAUCCUUUAACAAAGGGCCUAGCCCUUGCAAUUUUGCCCUCCUGUUUUGUCUGUGACUUUUUAGCGGGAUCCGGGGGAAGGUAUGGCGGGGAGGGGGUCCCGGACCGUUGUGAUUCCGUCACGGCUUAAGUCAAAGCAGGCUUCAGCCCACCGAAAACUACAAUGAUUUUUUUCUUCAAGUUGCUUAGGUUUUACAAAUUUAAGCCUUCAUCCUAUUUGGCAUGGAAGUGAUAAACCUAUUUACCCUGGGGGAGUUAAUCCCUAUAAUAGCCCAUACGGGGAGGCUCCGCCAGAAAGGUGUACCUUUUUCAGGCUUAAAGUAUAUGAAAGGGUAGGGAUUUCACUGGCUGAAGUACCGUAUUUAUUCGAUUAACCGCCCUGGGCGCUUAUUAAAUUUUUGGACCUUGAGAGUGGGCGCUUAUUCGAGGUGGGUGCUUAUUCGAGGCUGGGCGCUUAUUAAAUUUUCACCAUUUUCAAGAAGUGCAACAUGUAUAUUUUGCAACAAAACAGUAAAUGGUAACAACAAAACGCGAAGAUGUAACAAAGCAAGGUUUCUGCAAAACACUCUGAAGAAAACUUCGUCUUCGGGCAAGUCUGUUAUUAGUAUUUAUUCCUUUUUGGGGGGUGGUAGGUGUAAGGGGGUGGGCGCUUAUUCGAGGCUGGGUGCUUAUUAACUUUUUCUGCCUUUAGGAUGGGCGCUUAUUCGAGGUGGGCGCUAAUUCGAGGUUGGGCGCUUAUUCGAAUAAAUACGGUAUAUAAAAGGAUAGGGAAAUCUGUCAUUUUGGGCUAUAGAAAGGUCUAAAGCGCUGAUAGACGUACCUCAUGGCUGUGAAAUAGUCGAGAAAACAAAGUUCCAGAGUGGGUGUGAAAGGGGUACCAUUAGGCAAUAGAUCGGAGACUAUAAUAAAGAAGAGUACCUUUUCUGUGAAAAAUGAUACAUAAAAGGGUGAAGGGUUGGACCUCGGGGCGAAGCCUCCCCGUAUAAAACGUAUUGAGUCCCCCCUCUCGGACCGGCAAAGGGCCACAUGCUCGUAUAGGCGGAACAAGGAGGUAUCCCGACAAGGAUACAUUUGUCCGGUUCAAUGUAUCACCAGUCGUGUUAGGCGUAGGCGAAACAAAAAGGCCGGCUUACCAAAUCUACUCAUGCAUGGUUAACCAAAUAUCUUCAAACACAGCUUUGUCCUACUAUAAUUAGGUACUUUUCAAAAAAAAUAAAAAGGAUUUUGCGUCUUUCUAGUUACAUCUUGAACUUUCUGUAAAGUCACGAAGAGCUGUAAAUAAAUAUUGUAACAGGCAGAAUUCACAAUUAAUUUCAACUGCAGCAUUGUUGUCGAGCAACUUACAUGACUGAUUUGCAUUUUCGAUAUUGAUGAGCAAUUUCAAGUAGAGAGUAAAAAUAUUCUUGUUAAAGUGCAACUUUUCCAUUCUUCCUCCUUUUUCAAUACACCUUUGGAAGCAGAAAUGCAAAGACGGCCUAAGGUUUCCAAAUGUGCAAGUUUUUUAUCCUGAAAAAAAGUUAAACAAAUAAACUAUCAUUGUACACCAUAAAACAUCUUCAAUAUAAUUUAUUAGUUUAGUGAUCUACAAGCAAACAGAUAUAAUGUUAGAAUUGUUGUAUCUCGAUACAGUGAAUGUCAGUAAGUAAAACACGAUAAAUCGUACUUUACCUCUCUAAUUUUUUCACUUUAUUCAUCUUCUUUGUCUCCAGUACAAGAGUCGAAAAAUUAUGCAGCAUACAAACUUAUGAUUUUUCGCGUAUUGCUGGAGUCUUCAAGAGUUAAGCCUGCUGAUCAAACAUUUUCAAUGUAGAGAAGCAGCACUUAAAUUUGCGAUAAAAGAAAAACACGACUCCCGUAACAGCUUCAAAACUCAUGUCCACCUACACAGAAAACAACGACCACUGAUUUGUCAUUAACACUUUUAAGGGCAGCUAACUUGACAUAAAACACUGUCAAUCCCGAAGUAAUCUCCACUUUCUAAGUUGCUAUAACGACUCUGAAUUAAGCUAUGGGUUCUACGCCCGAAUGACUAUUUAAUGGAUACAGACGCAACUUGUGAGGCCACAAGCUAGGGUAUAAUCGAGAGCUUCAGCGAACCAUUCCUACACAAAAAGAUUGCCAAUAAAACGGAAACUCAGUGUUUGCUGAAGUUGAAGUAGAAUAGACGACGUGAACGGCGAUAGCAAUGAGCGAGAAAGUAAAAACUCAGCAAUUUUUUUUGUAAAUUUCUCUUCUUGCGAUCCUCUACUCAACAAAGACAAGGAAUUCUCUCACGCGGCGUUAAACGCGAAAACUUUACGACGAGCAGGUCUUAAGUCUCUGUACUUGGGCGCGGUCGCUAUGAAUUUAACGGCAUGACAAAUUGUGCCUAGUGAGCUGUAAUCGCGAUAAAGAUUGAACGCAAGCGAAUUGAAUUUUCUGUCUGUUUUCAUGUCCACUGCCGACAUGCAUGGUUUAGGCCACAACUUGAACAAUACUCAAACCUUUACUGUCAUUUCAUGUGUCUCUGUGUAACUCAAUUCGGUCGUUAGAGCACUAAAGGUUACAGGCAAAAUAAUUCCAACUAUAAGAUUCAUGGUAAGAAGGCAAAUGAACUUGGUUAGUCUUGGGUCGGAGAUAAGGUCAGGCUUAGCAUAGAAAACCAACGGCACUCCAAAGCAUAACAACAUUAUUGGGCAGAAAACUGCGGUCUUCUUGUUUUCCGGGAAAAACAUUUUCUCUUGAGGUGACUCCGGAACAAAACUCUUCUGAGAACACCACGGGAAUAUCAGUGUUGUUGCACAAAGUAAAAAAGCUGCUAAAACGCUCAACAACAGUCCAGCGAUGGAAGCUCGGUAGAGGAAGUCUAAAAAAUUCGAGCAGGUAAACCACACGCAAAGUAUACACGCAAGAAGUCCCAAAGCCGUAGAAGAUGCGGUCACAGCGAAGUUAAAAAACUGUCGGUCGGCAAAGGCAUCGGGCGAGUAGCAAAUAAAACACACCGCUAUUAUGUUGAAAAACUGCAAGACAUUCACGGAAAUCAUCAGUGCUUUGAAGACGCUGCAGAAAUUUUCGGGUUUCUCUUCCAAUCCUUGCCAAACUUCAACAGUGUUCAUAGUCAGAAUUGCUACAUGAUACACAAACUGCAAAGCGAUAACGGCGCUGUAUUUGUGUGGCUGUGGGCUCUUUCUCUUCCUAAAGCAGCCGAGAAUCAUUUUAAUGUUAAAGAAAAGCCCGAUUAAAGUGCUGGCUGAGGCGGGCAACAAAAACUUAACGACAUCCAUGGCGAAGCAGUCGAUGCAAGAGGUGCAAGAAUAAUCUCCACGUCUGUUCCUUUUCGCUUUUUUCACCGUGGGCCGCCGUAGCUGUGUCAGUCGUUUUUGACAAAAUGAAUUUAAGCCCGAAGUAGCAACAACUUGACGACUAAACAAAAUAUAUUUAUUUGCCUCAACGCAUGUGUUAAUGAACAAAACAAAAUCACCGGUGCAUACUGAUUUAUGCGCAUAAUAAUUAUAAUUACCUUGGUGCUUAACUUCUUUAAUCUGGUUACCAGUUUAGAAAGCAGUUUUUAUUAUCAAAGCGGUUUCCUUGCUGUAUAAAGUUUACAUCUUCAUAGUGCAAACGUGUUUAAAAAAGAAACAAAAUUCCGCUUAAAAUGUCUGCAACUUUACUGCACAUGUCAUAUAUGGAGCUCUUGAAUUACUUAUAAAAAGGGGCGUUGAAGCAUUUCUUUUGCGGUUAGCUUGCAAAACAACAGAAAUAAUACCCCAUUAGCAGCUGCUUUACCUGAGGACCAGUAAAAUAGAAGCGUACUUGGGAAAGAUUCUGGUGUUCCGCCUUGAUCGAAGAAAGGAAGUUCAUUAACGCGAAAAAUCCAGUUUUUCUUUCUCUUUCUUUCUCUUCCUACCUCUUUCAUUAUAAAUCUACAAAACUCAUAAUUUUAUUUCAGACAUUUAAAGAAGAAUUUAAGACAUUUAAGUAAUGGUCCAGAUAAGAAGGAAAGGACCAAAACGCAGUGAACACGUCGGAAUGCAAAAAGGUGCUAACUUUACUAUUGUCUCUACUAAGGUUCUGAUUGGUUUAAACAUCAAAUUUUACGAAAUCUUCGCAAAGCAGCAUGUACAUCAAUCCUUUUUUUUCUAUCCAACUUCCUUAUAACAAAAUCUCGUCUGAGUCUAAGUAACACAGAAAUCGUAUGUGCGGAUCAUGUAAAAUUGUGAACAUUUCUUUGCCAUUGUUUGCAACUCUUGUGAUUGGUCGAAAUGUUUUACCACAAAAAUACACCCUUUAAAAGUGGAGUUUAAAUACAUUUUCUUUCGUAAACAGCCUUUUUGUAGAUUUAUGCACUCUCUGCGUAAAAAUGAAAACAUUUCUAUGUGAGGAAAGCGUAUUGCGCCACAACAAUAGAAAUUGCUUUCCUUCUUACCUGGAUCAUUACUUAAUGGUAUACAGCAACGAAGUUCUAAGGCGUUUCCGGUUCGGUCAAGCCUGGAACCUACUCUGAGCUGUGACGUCACUAAAGCCUCUCUUGUAAAAUGAGCGUUUGCAUAGUCUUAAUGUGUGAGUAAAAUGCAAACGUGUUGAGAAAAUAAUUCUAGAGAGAACAAUGAAAGUGUUUUUAUUUAACGACAUCUAAGGUAAAACAACGUCACGAAUUAGUCUUGCUUUGAUAACGAGUGACGGGAUCUGGGAUCAAGCUAGCCACCAGCAAACUUGAGUUCAGCUUACAUACAAUAGAUAUUGGCCAUUUCGAGAUGGCGCGUGUUGUGUCGAAUUGCACUAUGGGACUGUUUUGGGGCACGAAGUUAACCCUCGUAAUGUCCAAUAAGAGAAGUCGUAGCGUCCCCAAAGCACCGGCCAUGAUGCAAUUCGACACAAAACCGCCCAUUUCCACUCUCGAUCUUAGCCUGUUCCAGGCGUUCACAUAGUGGGGACGGCGCAAAGAGCAGUGAGCAGGAAAAACAGCGAGGGGUGGGGUUGGGGAGGUGAGAGCUAAGGAAUGCAUUCCCUCCUUUCCCCUCUCCCUUUCUUCCUCCUUAUUUUUUUCCUGCUAUCUCCUACUUCGCGGCACGCUCAACUAUCUGAAAGCCCAGAUCCGGCUAUCUCAACCUCAAAAUAGCCAAUAAAAAAUAUAUAUCGAUAUGAGUUAUCAAAUUUGCCAGACUAUCAAUAUGCCCCUUUUUUGUCUUCACAGCGCGCCAAACGACGGAGAGUUCUUAAGGGAAUAGCAUCUUACCUUGAGCUUUGUAUUGAAAGAGAAGACAUAAUGAGACAAAUGCAGUCGUGGAUGGAAUCAACGGCUGACGAGGAACUAAGGAAACCUACGCGCAUAUACAUGUUCAGCCCUGAACUCCUAUUGGAAGAUCUCCCUUCGGGAAUUGCCUCAGAAAUGCAUGGUCUUGGCAAAGCUUUAGUGCGGUUAAAAGUCAUAGCUGACUCUCUGGGUAUUGGUGAGAGUAAAUUAGAAGAGGAUCUUCCAGACGAAGGCACCGAGAGACAGCAGGCUAAGCCUCGCGGGCCACGCACUAAGAUAAUUUAUAAUGGUGAGCGAAUAAUUUCAUGUGCUACCAUAUCUCUGCUAUACUAAGAUUAUAGAGCGUUUUCACACAUUUAGCCAGAUCUGUGCAAAUUUGUCUGAACAAAAGAAAGCGUUUGCAUAAGAAAAGAGUUCAACUUCUACAGGACUGGUUCUAUUUAUGGACAAUUCAUUCAAUGCUUAGUUUAUGUUCAUGGCUUUCACUAUUCGUUAUAAAUGUUACACUUUCAAAAGAUUUUAGCAAAUCACUGAAGUUAAAUCAGUUUUUAUAUACUAAAGUCGAUCAUGCGCGUUUUAGAACUUUUAGGGACGUAAUCUGAUUGUGGUGCGCAAUCUGAAUAUCUGACAUAGCAAUGAAAUUUCUUUAUUUGGUAGUGGAGGAACUAGACAACGAGGAUAAUUGGAAACAAGCGGAAGCAGGUGUCGUAAAAAUCUUGGAACAAGCAACCAAAGUUAUUCCAGUUCGCAAGAUUCGCUUAAACGUCGACCACACCAGAAAGCAGUUUCUAUUGAUGGCUCAGGUGAUGGCCAAAAGAAAUCAAGUCAUUCAUGAGGUGUGUGUAGAAGUAGUCUCUAAACUUGCCACAACCAUUUUGAUCGUCACGCAAGCUCGAGAGAUUAGGGUUGUCAGUCCCUGCGCGUGACGAUCCAUUCAACUCGACAUUGUUUGUCGCGACAAUAUAGAGGGCCAUUGAUUAUUAUUAUACGUUUACUUUCAGCUCGACAGCCAAGCUAUUGAUCUCGAAGGCGAGCUCGUGAAAACAAAGAGGCAAAAUGAAGAACUGCGAAAAAAUAACAAGAAAACUAAAGUGAAGGCGGAGAAGUUUCAAUACCAGUGUGAGGACUUGCAGAGUAAACUGGUCAGCAAAUGUUAGAAAGAUAUUUUAGUUUUUAGCUAAGGCACAGGCCUGUGCCGUAAAAAAAAAUUUAGAACCAACCAGAAACCCGUACCAUGCAUGGCAGCCGCGUGCUGAGGGCGGGAAAUUGUCGGUACAUGGAAAUGAACGUACCACUUCCACUUGAUUGGUUUCAGUUUUUUUGGUCAUUAAUUAAAAGUACCUAAGUGAGCUGACUAGUUAAUGUGCUUAAAUAAAAUAAGAAAUUUACCCACUAAGUUAGCCUUGCAAAACAUCAAGGCAGGUCUACUGAAAAGUCAACCUAGUGCCAAGGCCUUCUCGCCUCUGUCAAACCUGGACUCAAUCGUGAGGUGUGACGUCACCGAGACAGACUCGUCCACCCUUUCCCAGAUUUCGCGCGGACAAACGGGUAAGAGAGAACCUUUAGGGACUAUGUUGCAAAAGAGUAAGUUUUAAAACUUUAAAAAGUUCAUGCUUGACUGCGGAAAAAUAAAGCUAAAUAAGUAAAUGUCGUUUACGAACUGGCAAACACCAGUACACCCAUCUAGGUGAACAAGAUACCUAAAGAUAUAUUUGCAAUUUAUGACUAAAAUAAAGCCAAACAUCCGGUGUCCGACUACCUCAAAUUGUACAUAGAGGUUCAACUUUAUUGACUUUUUCGUCGUAUGAUGAAAGCCUGUGUUUAUUUUUGCAGAGUGAACAACAAAAAAUCAUAAGUGAGCUUAACGAAAAGCUAGACGAAUACAAGAGAAAAGAAUCUUACGGUUUAUACAAAAGCAGUAGUGAGUCUAUCGGAAGUUUAAGAGAGAGCGGAGAAAGCGUGUCCGUAAUUAGCCUCGUGGAGAAGCCAUCGCAACAACUUGCUCCGACAGGAGAAAAAUUCAUCAUAAAAACACCAAAAUCGUCCAAAGUUCAAGUUGUCGUCGCCAGUGACGCAUCAAAUGCAACGACACAAGAAGCAAAACAGCCUUCACCUACAACAAAUCUGAAUAGCGAAGAAGCAAACAAGAAAAUAGACAAGCUAAAGGAAAGUUUACAACGAGCAGAGGACGAGCUAAAGAUUGAGAAAGAGAAGUCCGCUGCGUUUGAAGUGGAAUUCACAUCAUUGCAGUCUGACAAAGUGAGGGUUGAACAAGAGAGAAGUGAGUUGGAGAUUCAGUUGGAAGACAUAAAACGCGAAAAUGAACGGGCGAUGGAGGAGCUGACACAAAAGCUAGAAGACGCUGAGAGGGAAAACAAAAGGUAUUUUAUUCUUAGUACUCUUGCGCGGUUAAUUUUUAUUGGUUUAAAUCUGGCGCCACUUUUCAAUAAUCCAGGAGUUGAUUCCAUAACGCCAAUUCGUCACUUAUCACACACACUAUACUUUAUUUUCAUACUCAUCAUUUUGCCAUCUUUGCCCGCAAAUAGCAAAAGCUGGACGAGGCGGGAGGGGAAUUGGAGCCGAAUUGUGUCCCGCAAUUGCUUCUGGGAUCAUUAAUGAGGACGCGCUUAUCCGUGCCGAUCAGUUAUUGGCUAAUUUUUCCCACCUCUGUAUUAACAGUCCCAGAAGUCUUUGCGAAAGUUUUCACGGUCCAGUACUAUUCUCGUUUCUAAAGUGGCGAUAUCCAGCUGUCACAUAAGCCGUCACGUGAUCGAAUUUUCCUCCGGCUAGAUUUGUUAAACAGACUGACAUUACGUUGUUAUCAAUGAAGUCUAAGGCCCAAUUUUUUCCAUUAAGUUACAUCCGAUCAUUUAUUUUAUCUUUAGAAACAGUUUAUGACAUUAUUUGCUUGCCACCAUUGUGGAAGCAAAUGACGUCAUUAAAAAUUCAAAACGGCUGCGCGAAUUUUGAAAGUGAAGAAAUCGACUGAUUUUUAUGCGAUUUUUUGGACAUUCACUUGACUUCCUUUUAGUAAUUUGAAAAAUAAAAAAUAAAAUAAAAUUGGAAUAAGUGUCGAACAAUUCAACAUCAAUAACUUGUAAUAGCAGAUGUACAUUUCAUUCAAUGCGUAAAAAACAAGAGUUUUGAGGGAAGACAGCGCUUGUUUUUAUUAUUUUCUUAAACUUAAUAGGUUGACAGGUGAGAUCGAAUGCAACGAAGAAAUGAUCAAGUAUCAAGAGGAGAGACUAGGUCAAUUCAUGGAGGAAAUCCAAUGCCUCGAGGAACGAAUGAUGUCCUUUCCCCCCACCCCUGCGACGAUGAGCGUGGCGAGCAUGGCAGGGGCACCGCGGCGCGAACGCAGGAAAACCUCACUUCAACUGGGCCUCGAGCCGCAAACUGCGAGACAGAUGAUGGCGAAAGUGAAACAGCAAUAUGAAUCUGAACUUCAAAGUCUGAAAGAUCACAUGGCUAAAGAAAACCAAAGACAUCAGGCGGAGAUAAGAAGAUAUGAACAAGAUCACAAGAAAGAUGUCCAAAACAUACACAAAGAAGCGCUGCUCCUUCUUCGUGCCCUGAACCGAUUUAAGGAUUGUGUGGCCACUCUUCUGGAUAGAGAACGUAAGUUUUCGUUAUAAAACUCGUUAACGUGACUUUUAAGUAACAAUAUGUAGUCUCAUGAGUUCAGUCAAAUAUUUUUGGAUUACGUUAACUCUUGAGGUUGGAUUUUCACUGUCGCAAAGCUUUUAAGUGCGAAAAUAAAAAGAGGCACUGUUUUAAAGGUCGCGCGUUAACGUGAAAGUUGAACCUCGCUUGACUUAAAUUAAACGUUUACGCUUCAACAUUCAUACAGUACAUUGUCUCUAUUUUAUGUACUGAUGAUUUUUUAGCGUUUACACCCGAAAAUUACACGACAACGGAAAUCAACUCUUACUGGGAAAUCUUUAGACAAGUUACAUAACUUUUUUGUCAUCAUUGUAGAUCUUGGUCAAGAAGCGCAUGCUAUUCGCUCUCACGCUCCCUUGCCGCUGGACGAGAAUUUCGGUGAUACUCGACAAAUGCUGGCGCGCAUGGCUAUUUUAUCCAAUGAGAUGCUGAUUUCAGUGGAGUUACAUCUUUCCCGUGCCCUCAUGAGCAAACGUUUGGAGUUAAAGGUAAAGUCAAUAUUCUUUGGAGUGGUUUUAAACCAAUCCAAAAAUUCGUUUGACCAAUCACACGCACAUAUUCAGUCAAUCCAGUGAACCAAUCACAAAGAAGAUGGGUAACACAAGUGCAAGAAAAUUACAAAAAAGUAUGGUAUUGCUUCUGAUUAGUUGACAGAUGGCGUGAGAUGUUUAAACCAAGCUUUAUCGAUGAAGUUUCUCAUUCAUGAUCAGAAAGUAAGCCAAUAAUGUCGAACCCACAACAACAAACACCUCUUUAAUUUGGGCAAUUAUACGAUUACUGCGCUUCACUUUGAAAUGUUGCCGGAAACACACAGAAGGCUUUGAGACACCCAGAACACCUCUACCACGACUCACGUUAACCCUAUACUGGCACCUGGCCCCAGUAGUUCGAAAGGUGGAUAUCGCUAUUCACCGGAUAAAUCACUAUCCAGUAGCCUGUGUACAGUCGCCCCAUCCCCUAAAAAAAAAAUCAUUUUUUUGAGGGGAGGGGCGGCUGUACACAGACUACUAUCCAGUGGAUAGCACAAUUGCUUUCCCUGAUAUUUAUCCGCUGGAUAGUGAUUUAUCCCGGUGGAUAGCGCUAUCCAGCUUUUGAACAACCGGAGCCUGGACUAGGAUCCAAUUUAACACAGGUAUAAAGCUUCUUCAGGUCUCUUCCAGCCUUCAAUGUUAACCCUAUACUGGCACCUGGCCCCAGUAGUUCGAAAGGUGGAUAUCGCUAUUCACCGGAUAAAUCACUAUCCAGUAGCCUGUGUACAGCCGCCCCAUCCCCUAAAAAAAAAAAUCAUUUUUUUGAGGGGAGGGGCGGCUGUACACAGACUACUAUCCAGUGGAUAGCACAAUUGUUUCCAUAUUUAUCCGCUGCAGGGGCAUCUGGGGAUUGCUUUCCCCCCGAGAUGACCUGAGGUUUUCUAUCAACUGGUAUUCUGAAAAAAAAAAAACGAUUUACUGGUGUUGAAGUGAGAAGAGACGAGCUAUCUAAAAAAAAUCCUGGAUCCGCCCCUGCGCUGGAUACAUCCCGGUGGAUAGCGCUAUCUAGCUUUUGAACAACCGGAGCCUGGACUAGGAUCUAAUUUAACACAGGUAUAAAGCUUCUUCAGGUCUCUUCCAGCCUUCAAUGUUAACCCUAUACUGGCACCUGGCCCCAGUAGUUCGAAAGGUGGAUAUCGCUAUUCACCGAAUAUCCAGUAGCCUGUGUACAGCCGCCCCAUCCCCUAAAAAAAAAUCAUUUUUUUGAGGGGAGGGGCGGCUGUACACAGACUACUAUCCAGUGGAUAGCACAAUUGCUUUCCCUGAUAUUUAUCCGCUGCAGGGGCGGAUCUAGGGGGAGGGUGCAGGGGGUGCGCACCCCCCCCCCCUGAGAUGACCUGAGGUUUUCUAAUACAACUGGUAUUCUGCAAAAAAAAAAACGUGGUUUACUGGUGUUGAAGUAGAGCAAGAGACGAGUGCACCCCCUCCUAAAAAAAAUCCUGGAUCCGCCCCUGCGCUGGAUAGUGAUUUAUCCCGGUGGAUAGCGCUAUCCAGCUUUUGAACAACCGGAGCCUGGACUAGGAUCCAAUUUAACACAGGUAUAAAGCUUCUUCAGGUCUCUUCCAGCCUUUAAUGUGUAUUGGUCCCGGAUCCUUUGUUAUUGGUUCUUUUAACCAAUGACAUUCUCGUUGCAAACGGCGUCGAUGACCCCUUACAGGCAACUGAACUGAGGCCGGUUGUGUCCUUCGGAGUUAAACGGUAUUAUAAUUUUGUAGGACACAAAUCUUGGAAAAAUGGAAUACCAACCUGAUCCUGCGCUGGGCAGAAAAAUGAAGGAUUAUGGGUCAAUGCAGACCGGAAAAAUGAAAGGGACGCAUGAAGAGUUCCAAGGACAGCAACUAGAAUUUGUGGUUUGGAGACUAUUAGAGGUAAUGAAAAUAUAAAUUUUAGAAAUAAGAAAGAUUACAGCUACAGAUUGUGUUUUAAAGGUUAAUGAAAGGGUAGCCUGCAUAGCAAGCGUGUCCGCGCGGGAUCGUAGCGGAGGAUCGUAGCGGAGCCUUGAGCUCAGGAUAUGAGCGCUAUUUAAAUAAAGUUAUUGUUGUUAUUAUUAUUAUUAUUAUUAUUAUUAUUAACAAAAGCGACCUUUUGGAACAAACUCGUGCGGUAGCUCCUGCAACGCAGGCUAACAACAGGAAUACCAACAUAAAAGAUACUGCUGCCAGGCACUUGCAUUUGAUUCCGUUCCAGCACAUUUUGAUAUGCAGUCUCUUUUAGCAGGGCACAGAUGUAAAGAGUAAUAUUAUGAGAGAAAUUUGCUCAAUAGCUUUUAGUGGGAUUAUAGCCUGCAUGGCAAGGCAUUGAAACAGGAGAAAAGGAAAAAUGAGGCACGCGAAAAAAAAAAACGGAAAGAACGUGCAAUGGAAGAUUUUUCCCAUUCCUCGAUCUCAUACACAAACCCAGCAGUUGGAACCACUCUGUCGAACUUAGUUGUAGAUGAAAAGUAACGUUAUUUUAGGAUUUUAAUCGCAGACUUAAACUUAGAACUUCAUAUGAUGUUAGGUUCGACUCAAAACUUUUCUUUGUUUCUUUUUCCUGAUUAUGACAUUCUAGGAAGGCAGACGACAGGAUGUUAUGGAGAAAUUUAGAGAGCUUCUUUCGCAAAUAGCCACACACGAAAAACAACUCGAAUCUGCCAAGAAAACGGGCGAAGAAUCUGUUAAGAAAAAAGACGCACAGAUGAAAAGAGUUCUAAGGCGGGAGGCCGAGGUCAAGAGAACGGUCGGCGAGCAGAAAACUAUAAUAAAGAAUUUGGCUUCAAUCUGGAAAAGUCGCAGAAUUGGACAGAAAUAUAUCCGCCGCAAGGAUCAGCAAAGGAAUCUGCAGCUACUUGAGGAAGCAAUGAAGGCAAACGAAAUAUCUCAAGAACUUUAUGAGGUACAAAGGUUUUUUAAAUUGAAAUGCCUUGUUGAAAGACCAGCUUAGAAGGAUUCAUGUUUUACUAAUGAACACUAACCCUCAACUCAAAUCCUUAUUCAAUAUCGAUUAUGCUCUUACUGGUGACGUAUGCCGCGUGCAUUAUAACUUUUUCACCUGCGUAACGUAGAGCAAUGCAUUAUAACAACAUGACCAAUCAUAAAGCGCAUAUUCUUCAAGUAUCCUUCAAGUUUUUCUAUCCCGUUGUGGAGGUAUUAGCAAUGAGAAAUAAAAAUAUAACCUUGGCGUGACUUGAAUUCAAUGCAAUGUCCAUAUUGUUAGCAAUUCAAUUGAAGAAAGACCGGGACUCCUAAAAUGAGCCCAAUUUUCAUAGGUUUAAAGGUUUACUUAAGACACAUUUUUUUAGAUUAGCUUUUUAUUAGGAUUUUUUAGGAUUAUGUAUAUAUUAUAUUUUUAUAGAUCCAUUUUUUUAUAUAUAUAUAUAUAUAAUAUUUUUAGCUAUUUUGGAUAACUUAUUAAUGUCGAUAAUUUACUUUCAUGUAAUGCGCAUUUGAUCAUAUUUGCGCAAUAUAAAUAUUAAAUUAUUAUUAUUAUUAUUAUUCUGAUGAACCCCACCACGAGAGAACGCGUGCUGCUCUCGCGUGACUUCUCGCGACUUCCCCAAAUGAAGCGCUUGCUCGCAGGCUACUGGGGCUUCAACAUAGUUUCAAAGAAAACACCCUCAAAGUGUUAAGUGUUUUGUUUUCGUUGUCAUUUCAGUCCACGACGAAACUUAUAAAAGAAGCCAUGGACUUUCCUCGCAAGCGUUUCACUGAAAUGGUCAAAAAGUACGUGCAUUUCCGUCGCGUUAAGGAAAUUCAAGAAAAUGUGCAGAGAAUGAAGAUGGAGACGAAUGUUAACGAGAGAGUGCUUCUGUCCUUGAAAGAAAUGGAGGAAAGAAUGGUAAAGGUGAGUCAAAACUCAAAUUCUCCUUACAGAAAAAGGCGUUGUUCACAGACCCUCUCUAUUUUUUUCUUGCAAGUUUUUUUAACGCUUUUACUUUUCAAACAGCAAAAAGAAUUGUGGGGACAGAAGAAAGAACAGUUUAUUAAGGCUCGAGCAGACAUUUUGGAACAGCUUUACCAUGUGUAAGUGUCAAUAGGGAGCUUAAGCAAAGACGUUUUUGAGGGACGCACGUCAACCGAAAGUGAGCCUUUCUCCCUUUUUAUAUGUCUUGACGCUAACAAAUUUGUAUUGCUAAGUCUCUUUUCUCUUAUGAAGAGGAUUUGUCCGAGAGUUUCAAACAAACCACUGCCCAAUGAUGCAAAAGGUCCACUUCCGGUUGACGUCCGUCGCUCAACAACGCUGUUGCUUAAGCUCCCUAAUAACAUAAAUGAACCAAAAACGGAUGCAUUGUUUUCUAAUAUGGUAAUCAAUCAGAAACGUCAAUUUGUUUUCAUCUUUCUUUUGUUACCAGUUUAACUCAAGUGCACGAAGAGACCGGUAUUCUUCUCACUAAACCGAUAGAUCUGAUCCCGCGACUAGAUGAAAUCAAAGAAGACGUGAAGGAAAUAAACGAGGCAGACAUACGGGAAGCUGCCAACAUUCCCAAGGAGCGUGCAAAGUUAAGAAAAGCGCUAUUACAAGCACAAGCAGCGGUGAAAGAGAAGCCCCUCUCCCCUGUGGAUGGUACUGGUGUCACGCGUGAGGCAAACCAGGGAACAACAUGGAAGGUAUCGGGGAUAGUGAAGGGCAUGGUAACUGAAGCCACGAUAAGUCUCACUUCUGAUUGGUUGAUAUCAGACAAGGAAUUGCAACCAUUACACUGCGAGUGGUUGCCUUUCUUUCCUCUUAGCGACACGCAGCAUGUAAAAAAGUAAAAUUGUAUUAUGCUAAUUAAUGGCAAAAAGGAGGAGAGAUUGGGGCGGAGAGAGGAAAAAAGGGUGUGUCCCAUUUUCUCUUCGUUAGGGGUUCCACCUUGGUUCCUUGCGGCUUCGCUGCUCUCGCCUCUCGCAUGCUCUUCAUCUACUGUGAUUCAAAAGAAAAAUAAGAGAUUGCUCGCAGACUAUGCAACAUUCAAAGCUGAAACAAUCAUGGAGACUGGAUUUAAAAUAGCUUUAAAAUAAUUUCCUGUUUGAAAGUGAUCACGCAGAGAAUGAUAGAAACAACAGUCGUUCCGCGCCUUCCUUUUACAAACCGCGUUUUUAAUUUUCAGGUCAUGUCCACAUUUCCCCCUGCAAUGGUCACUACACCAAAGUUGCUGGACUUGGAUAUCAAUCGAAACCGUCUGGCGGCUCAGGAGUAAGUCAGCAGAGUUACAUAUAGAGGGACAUUAAAUUUUUUAACAAAGCACUGUCAUGGGGAAUUCACUUAUCGAUGGUUUCAUAAGUUAGAGCACACUCUUUCUCAGUAUAUCAAAGAGAAGUCACAAAAAAAGCUUUUGAGAGGUUUCAUUUGAAAAGUGACUUUACAGAACUUACAUCUGUAAAAUCAAGUUGAAACCACCUCAAAAGGAUUCCAGUAGCCACCCUGUGUAACAAUAGUCUGCAUUGAAACGCAUUCCUGCCCCUGCUGGGUUUCUCCUUGGGCUCUCCCCAUUUAUCCCUCCACAAAAAUGUUAAUUCCCGUUUUCAAAUCUAUGAAGGAUUUAAGACACAGGUCAUUAGUAGAAAGACUGUCACCUGCCACCCUCUACCAGUUAAAUUACAACUCUUCCCCACCCCAGAGGGAACCAAAAGUUGACCCUGGGAAUGAGGUUGAUAAUAUUUUAAAAAAACUUCAUUUUUCAUUCCUUCAUUUCAGUAUUUUGGCGCGUUUAAGCCAUGGUUCAUUGGAUGCUAAAUCAGUCAGUCUCCCUCCAUCAAGUUUCUUCCCAUCCCUAUAUGGCUAUUACAAGAAACCAGAUGAUGGAAUACGAAAGACUAGGAGCGAAGUGGCUCCAAAACGAAAGAACAUUGUCAAAACGUUUAGAUCCAAAGUGAGGUUCCUCCCUCCCAUUGCCACCCUUUACCCUGAAGACGAACAGGAAGGAACUUCCUAG